AUGACUCAGGUGCCUGCUGACUACCUGUCAACCACCAGCUCCUACAACUAUGAGCAGCCCUUUCCCUCUGUGGCUCGGACAAGCGCUGUCACCAAGAUACCCCCAGCCAAAAAAAUAACCUUCUUCAAGAGUGGAGAUCCUCAGUUUGCAGGAGUCAAGAUGGCCAUCAACCAGCGAAGCUUCAAGAGCUUCAAUGCACUCAUGGAUGACCUCUCUCAUCGGGUCCCACUGCCAUUUGGGGUACGGACCAUCACCACCCCACGAGGAAUACAUUGCAUCAGUGAGCUGGACCAGCUGGAGGAUGGAGGAUGCUACCUUUGCUCCGACAAGAAAUAUGUCAAGCCUAUUAGCAUUACUUCUGGGGGAUACAGGCCAGGCCCUCCACGAAACGGUCGUCCCUCCAGUACCUUGAGAAGAGCAGCUCAGGAGGGCAAGCUUGAAGAUUAUUCCACACUUUUGACUCAGCAUGGCCCCAGAAUACCCAAGAAAAUCACUCUAGUUAAGAAUGGAGAAAGUGGUUUUCGACGCUCAAUUAUCUUGAACCGCAGAAAUGCCAGGAGUUUCAAAACGCUCCUGGAUGAGAUUUCAGAGAUCCUGCAAUUCCCAGUGAAGAAGCUCUACACUGUUGAUGGGAAGAAGAUCGACAGCAUGCAGGCUCUGCUUCACUGCCCCAGCGUGCUGGUGUGUGUCGGCCGGGAGCCAUUUAAACCUGUAUCGAUGGAGAAUUUGAGGAAACACUCAGUGGAGAAGCUGCCUGACCUGGCUCCCCGUUCCAAUAGCAACAAUGUCAAUGAAAACAAUGAAAGUAAGAAAACAGUGAACUUUGGACUGAAAACCAAAAAAAGUGUUAUCCAUCCACGGUCAUCAUCAAGCAAUAGGUCAAUGAGAUUUUCUUUAUCAUCAGAAAAGUCAUAUCCUAAUGGUCUCGCUGCCUCACCAGAUAAUGGCGCACCUUUCUCAAACAGUUGCUCGCAUCCAAAACCUGGGGACCUGGUCCAUUCCUUGGUCAAUGACGACAUAGAAAAACGGGUACACGUGAACAAGGAUGGUAGCCUGUCUGUUGAGAUGAAAGUUCGCUUCCGCUUGCUAAAUGAUGAGACUUUGCAAUGGUCCACCCAGAUCAAGAAGUCCAAUCUGAUGAACCAAACACCUUGUGAAGAGUCAGGUGUAGAGGAGGACAGUGGAGUAGACCCCAUACAGAAAAUGAACCCAGAAGCCAGCUCAGAGGCAGAUGAGUCAUUAUAUCCCUGUGAUAUUGAUUCUUACAUGUCAAAACUUGAGGAAUCAGAAUGUGAUGAGGCUCAUUGUCAUAGCUGUGGCAAGAAACACCAGGACUAUGACAUUUGGAAAAAUCCCAUGCACACAUCCCAGAGGGAAGAGCCCAGUGUACGAAGCACCUGGCACACACGGUCGUCAUGCUCCAGCACAUCUUCCCGGAGGAGAGUAGUCCACAAAAAAAAGGCUUCUAUGCGUAGCCUCCACACCACAUCCAGUGAGGAAUUCUCCGAGCACAUUUUGCAAGAGUCCUCAUCCUACUCAGAGACUAUAGAGAACAGAGUGGCAUACCGAUCCAUUAAAAAGUGUAUGUGUCGAAGUGAUUUGUCUACAGGUGUUUCCAGUGGAGAAGACCAGCAAGAACACACUCGGACAAGCACAAGCAAUAGUCAGAGACCUUCAUCCUUAAUGUCACAUUCAAGCUGUGAAAACAAUCUGGAUAUUCAGGAUGCCCCUGAAGACCAUGAGGCCAGCAAAACCAAUUCACAAAAUGAAGAUGAAAAUUGUUUUGAAGUUUCCUCUGUGAAGUGCUUAAAGGAUGAUGUGGAAGAGGUUGAAUGCAACAGAGUUGGGAGUGUCAUGUCAGGGUCAUCUCUGCAGUCCAGACAGAGCAAGAAGAAUGUAUGUGAGGAAACAAGUAGCGUGGGUAGGAGCAUGUCCUCCUCCGGCCUUCAGAAGGCAAAUCAAGAAGAUAACACUAGGUGCUCCACUCCUGCCAACAGUGUGCACAGCAAGUCUAGUAACUGUACUACACCAAGAGCAAAGAGUGAACAGGAUGACCACUCUGAUGACAAUGCAGUGGUCUCUUCCUUCUCCAAAGUAAAAGAUAAAUGCUUGUUGACACAGAUAUCCCAGGAAAGUGAUGAUAGGUGUUCACAAUCAAACAUAUCUCAAUCUUCAAAAUCAAGGCAGAUAAAAAUUAGAAAUCUUCGUGUGAAGAUGUCAAACUCCAGCCAAGCAUCAUUGUCUGAGACUUUGUCAGUAUGUAGUAUGCAUUGCCCUGCGCCACCAAAAGGGAAGCCAAACAGCAAAAAUAUACGGUCAACCAUGCUGAAGCAUUCCUCCAAUAGUACCAUAGGUACUGAGUCAGCGGUGACCACAGGAAAAGAGCAGAAAGAAAUUAUAGAUUCCUCCAAAGCAACUUCCUAUGGGUCUAAAUCAGCUGCAACUGAGGUAAAUGAUCAGAAGAAUGAAGAGAUUGAUGGCUCUUGCAACAGAAAAGUGGAGGAAGAGUUAGAAGGCACGGGCAUGCAGGAGGAAGGCAGUGAUUUAACGCCAUCCGCUCUACCAAAUACAUCUCCAGAAGAAGUUGUGCAAGAAUGGCUGAGUAAAAUCCCUUCAGAAACAUUGCUUAUGAAAUAUGAAAUGGAGGAUGAUGCAGAAGAGGAAUGUGUAGAGGCAACCACUGAGGUAGCAUACUGUACAAAUGCUGAGGAAAUCUCAGAGGAUGAAAAAGCUGAGAAAAAGAAUGUGGAGGAGGCUGAAAACGAGACAAAGGAUGAAGUGAGAAAAGAGACAGCAGAAGUCACUGCUAUUAAUGAAGAGGCUGAAGAAUGCGUGAAUCAGGAACAAAUCUCUGAGGUGGUGUCCGAAGCUGCCAAGGCCGACCAGGCAGAAUGCAGCCAGUCAGUUAAAUCCAGCCAAAACAACAACAGAAGAGACCUGCCAACCUCUGUCCAGACUUCUGUCCAGAUCAUGAAGGCCUUGCUCAGUUCAAAACAUGAAACAAAAUUUGACCGAUCAAACAGUUUGCCUGAAGUGUCCCCCACUAUGGGGAGAAAACUGAGUAACUCUGCCAACAUUUUGAUUACUUGUCUUGCCAGUCUCCAACUCCUUGAUGAAGCUUCAGAAGAUCCAUCAGAUAAAUCAAAACCUUUGAAUAAACCGAAGUAUAUGGAGCUGCUAAAUAUUUUUCAAGCCCUGUGCUUUGGAUGCACAGUGGAAAAAAGUGGUCCAAGUUCAGGUCAAGAGGCAAGUGAGCAGGCAAAGACAGCCUCUGGGUUUAAAGCCCAAAAAUCUGUAGAUUACGACUUCACUCCCAUGUCUUCCUCCGGGGUUGAUGUUAGCAGUGGUUUUGGUGGCUCAGGAGAAGAGACUACAGCUGGUGCCAGGGACUGUACUUUAACGGCACAGAAAACUACUGAAUUCAAAUCAGCUGCACAAGUGGAAAAUGUAGAGACUGGAACUGAACUGACUGAGGCUGAGGAGCAAACUAAAGAGGAAAAGCAGUCAUCCCGACCUUCGACAGCCUGCUCAAAAUCAAAAGGUGAGGAAAAAGCACAGUCUACUAGAGAGGACUCUCUAAUUCAGGAGGCAGAAGAGAAUAAGGAGGAUCAGUGCAGUAACUGUGAAAAUGGUCAGGAUGAAGGAAGAGAAAAUGAAAAUGAAGAAAACAGCAAAUCAGCUGAAAAUGGAGAACAAGAAGAAGCUGAAGCUGUGAAUGAUGAACUCCCAAAAGAAAAUCUUGAAGAGAAAGAUGAUCAACUAAUAACUACUGAUGAUACAAAUGUCAAUGAUAUUGACUGUGGGACAGAACUGAAAGCUGAUUUGGAAGAGCAGCUUGAAAAAGAGUCUCCAAAUGACCCAGACCCCAAAAUCGACACGGCCACCAGUGUAGGCACAUCCCUUGUCCAGCAAAACCCAGUGGAUCCUGAUCCAACCUGGGUCCUGAGACUGCUCAAGAAAAUUGAGAAGGAGUUCAUGGCUCACUAUGUCAGUGCCAUGGAUGAGUUCAAAGCCAGGUGGAACCUGCAGAACAACCAGCAGAUAGAUGAAAUGAUACUGGAGCUGAAGGAGGAAGUGAGUAAAAGGAUACAAAAUAGCAUAGAGAAGGAGCUGAGGAAGAUCAAAUCCAGAGCAGGGAAGAAGACACCAAGAUCUCUGGAUGAACCUCUCAAACGCAAGUCAACACUCCAAACUGAGCAAAGGAGACAACAAUUGCAGACUAUGCAUAAACAGUCACUCUUCAGUGACAAGAAUGGAAACCAGAGUAGGCUAGAGGACAUAUCAGACUUAUCAUUUAAUGUAGAUGAAGAUAUAGCAUUUAGUGCAGCUUUUGAGGACAGUAUUAGUAAACAAACAAGUGAGGAGGAAUACUGCCCAUGUGACUCUUGCGCGAGGAAAAAAAUGGCUUCCAAGCCUACACAAAACCCAGUGGUGGCCACCAAUGCCCCAGUCAUGAAAGCAUUUGAUUUACAGCAAAUCCUGAGGUUGAGGAAAAAUGAUAACGAGGAAGCCUGUGUCUCAGAAGCAGCCCAGGACGUCAAAACAAUUCCCAGCAGUUCUGUGGAAGAAGCAGCGGAAAACGGCAAUCCAAAUGAGGAGAAUGAUGAGGGUGAACUUCAGCCAAGUGAAACGGAAGUAGAGGGCAAUGAAGAAAAGGAGCCAGAAUUAAAUGAAGUGGGCAGCUCAACAUUGACCAGAGAUGAAGAAGGACCUGAAAUAUCAGAGAGUCAAAACUGUGAGAUGGAGAAUGAGGAAGCUGAAGAGAAUUCCGAAGCUGAAGAUGAAGCUGACAAUGAAGCUGAGGAAGCAGAGGAGCCAGAGGAUGAGGACAUUGGUGCUGAUGAUGAAGAAGAGACAUCCGAAUGCAGAGGAGAUGCUGAUGGCUCUGGAACUGACAACAAUCCUGAAGGAGAUGCUGCAGAAGGAAGUGAGGAAGCUAAGCAAGAUGAAGCUGAGGCAGUGGAAGAUGGAAAUCCAAAGUCAGAAGAUGAGGCAUGUUCAGCUGAGGAGGAAAACAACGGUGAAGGAGGUGACAUAUAUGAUGAGAAUGAUGAGGAACCUACCAGUGAUGACCCUGACAAGGCACAUGAAAAACACGAAGACAAAGGCAACAACAAGAUUUCUGAGAAAGCCUCAAAGGCCAAAUGCAAAACAAACAGCAAAAGGCUAGAGACUCUGAACAAAGCAGCUGCCUUUUCUUGUUAUUCUUCCAUGGGAAACUUCUCACAGCAAUCCCAGAAGGGGUCUGAAGAUGAAGGUGAAGAGGAAUGCGAAGAUGACAAUGACUCCAUGAACAACCACAGCAAUGGAGAGGUUCAAAGUGGUGAGAGCAGCAAACCCUCACAGAUGUAUCCUGACAGUGAAGAAGAAGAAGAGGACAAAGCAUCUUCGUGCACUGACCCUUUAGGAGAUGAGGACCAGGCAGAUGCUGAAGGUGCAGAUCCAAAGAAGGUUGAACAUACUGAUGAAGUUCAGGCUUCUAAAAAGAAAGAAGACUCUGAUGAGAUUGACCAGGAUGACCUGGACUUCUAG